CUCAGCUCGAUAGGGGCUUUCCAUUGGGGACUAGGGCAGUCACUUGGCGAUCUCACUGAUGAAAACGCGAUGCACGAUAUCCUCACAAAAUCGCGGCUAUCGCUAUUCAUCGUCGAAUUAUUAUACUCCUUCUCGAUUUCUUCCUCUAAGUUGGCUAUCCUGGCCUUCUAUUGGCGAUUGUUCAAGACAUCUAACAUCAGGGUUCCCAUCCUGGUCUUUGCCGGAAUGUCCAUCAUCUGGCUUGUUGUGCGAAUCUUCUUGACCAUCUUCCAUUGCAUACCCAUCCAAGCCUUCUGGAAUAAGACAAUGAGAGGUGCAAAAUGCGCGAUCGACGAGUCCAGAUUCUUUUUCGGGACUGUACUGGUGCAUUGCCUCAUCGACAUUGCUAUCCUUGUCCUGCCGAUUAUGCCAGUCAGACACCUCCACCUUCAUUCUGCUCAGAAGAUUGUGGUCAUCGCUCUCUUCACUUUUGGUAUCCUGGUUUGCAUCGCAUCGAUUAUACUUCUUGUUGAAUCCCUGAAAUUCAACGUUCACACGAAAGAUAUGCCGCACGACAUAGUCAUGAUAAUAAUCUGGUCUACGGUUGAGGUCAAUCUAGCCAUCGUUUCUACUUGCCUUCCAAUUCUCCGACCAAUACUUCGCCGUCUGCUUCCAGGCCCACUUGCUAGCUCGAGGGAACAUAACCAACGUAUCGAGCUACCAGAUAGAGUCAUCAAGCUCACUAUACAUGCGAGAACGAGGGAAGCCGACGAAACUAGCUCGACGCAUCAACUAGCGGACUUGGAGAAUCGGUGGCCUGACUCUGAUACACAUAUACCUACAUACACACAUACUGGUGACGGGCUGCAGGACUAG